AUGGGGCUGUAUAAUGAUGAUGGGUUGACUGUCAGUCCUGAGAUAUACCCUAGCUUAAGCAUUGCAAUUUGCAAGAUUUACAAGGAUGGUGGAGUUGGUGCCCUUUAUUCUGGUCUCUCUCCAACACUAGUUGGCAUGCUUCCAUAUAGUUCUUGUUACUAUUUCAUGUAUGAUAAAUUAAAGAAAUCAUGCUGCCAAUCAAAGAAGAAAAAUUCUCUAAAUCGUCCAGAGAUGCUUGUACUUGGAGCUCUUGCGGGUUUUACUGCUAGUACCAUCAGCUUUCCCUUGGAAGUUGCCAGGAAACGGCUAAUGGUCGGAGCUUUGCAGGGUAAGUGUCCACCAAACAUGGUAGCAGCACUAGCUGAAAUUGUCUGGGAUGAGGGCUUACGGGGCCUUUACAGAGGGUGGGGUGCUAGCUGUCUAAAAGUAAUGCCCUCCUCUGGUAUCACCUGGAUGUUUUAUGAAGCUUGGAAAGACAAAUUGGUUGCUAAUAGACGCAUAGUAUGA